UGAAUAAAACAUCCCUACAAGUACAACGGUAUCAACACAUUGCAUUCUGCUAGGCUGACUCGACAUCAACACAAUAGUGGUUAAAACCACACGUGAUAAAUAAAAACAACUGCCAUUUAAAAAAACAAAACAAACCUUGAACAUAUUUACAUAUGUGUCAGAGUUGUCGUAGUCAUAUAAGCAAGUUAAAAAAUAAUAAGUGCACUGAAGGGGAGUUUAUUGUUUCCCUGGUUACGUUGUUAAGAACUUUUACCUUUUAACUUUGAACCUGAUUGGAAAGAUCAUGCAACAUGGCAGCGAAAAGAAACUCCACAGGACAGUCCCUGCUCUUUCUUAUCAUCUCUGUAGUUUUUGUUCAUUUAUUGAUAUGCCCUUACACCAAGGUAGAAGAGAGUUUUAAUUUACAGGCCAUGCACGACAUUCUUUACCACAGACUGGAUUUACAAAAGUAUGACCAUAAUGAAUUUCCUGGUGUUGUCCCAAGAACAUUUCUUGGACCACUUUUUAUUUCAACACUGUGUUCACCAGUAGUGUAUGUCCUUUCAGUUCUUGAAGCAUCCAAGUUUUACUCGCAGAUAACAGUGAGGGGCUGUUUGGGUCUUUGUGUGACAUAUGCACUCUGGAAACUUCAGAAGGAAGUUAGAAGGCUCUUUGGAUCAACAGUGGCAUCCUUAUUCUGCUUCAUUACGAUCACUCAGUUUCAUCUGAUGUUUUAUAGCACAAGAACACUACCAAAUGUGUUUGCCUUGCCCAUAGUUCUGCUGGCCUUUACUGCUUGGUUGCAACAAAAGCAUGGCAUCUUUAUCAGUCUAUCUGCCCUGGCAAUCAUUGUAUUCAGAUCCGAACUCUGCAUAUUCCUGGGCCUUAUGUUACUGAUGUCUUUGAUAAAUAGAAGGCUUUCUGUCUUACAGUUGUUUUACUACACAGUUCCAGCUGGUAUAAUCUGCCUUGGCCUGACAGUUUCAGUUGAUUCUGUUUUCUGGAAACAGCUGAUAUGGCCUGAAGGAGAAGUACUUUGGUACAACACAGUUUUGAAUAAAAGCUCAAACUGGGGAACUUCUCCAUUUCUGUGGUAUUUCUAUUCAGCUUUGCCCCGAGCACUGGGCUGCACUAUUUUGUUUGUUCCUCUUGGUGCAAUGGACAGGAGAACACGACUUCUGCUUCUACCAACCGUGGGAUUUAUUUUAUUAUAUUCAUUUCUGCCUCACAAGGAGUUGCGCUUUAUAAUAUACACAGUUCCAGUCUUCAACAUAGUAGCAGCAAAAGGUUGUUCUUACAUAUUAAAUAACUAUCACAAAUCUUGGAUUUAUCAACUAGGCACUUUAGUUGUAAUUGGCCAUUUAAUGGUUAAUACUGCAUACUCUGGCACAUCACUAUAUGUCUCCCAUUUUAAUUACCCUGGUGGAAAAGCUAUGGACAAACUACAUGAAGUAUUACCUUCAACUGCAGAUGUUUCGGUUCACAUCGGUGGGGCUGCAGCACAAACUGGGGUUUCACGCUUUCUGGAGCUUAACAAUAACUGGAGAUCAUGGCAUUCUUCUUGACCGCCUUCAGAAGUAUGCUGGAAUCUCUGGAACCUGUAUCUCCUGGAUGUCCUCUUACCUAUCCGGACACAUGCAGUCUGUUUUCUAUGCUGGAUGCAGUGGCGUUGCAAACCCGGUCACUUGUGAGGUCCCCCAGGAUCUGUUCUUGUGCCCCAUCUCUUCAAUAUCUACAUGCUUCCCUUGAGUCACCUCAUCUGCCAACACAGCCUCAUGUUUCACUCCUAUGCUGACAACAUCCAGCUCUACUUAAAACUCAACCCUGCAAGCCCAUCUGCCAUGGUCUGGCUCUCGGCUUGUAUUCAAGACAUCGAGGCCUGGAUGUCUGCCAGUUUUCUUCAGCUGAACACUAACAAAUCUGAACAACUCCUAGUAGGAUCUAAAACUCAACUUAAGAAUCUCAAUAUAGCUGCCCUGAACCUCAGAAACUGCUGCUGCCUUCACCCACAGUAUGAAGCCUUGGUGUACUUCUUCACAGCAAGCUCUCCUUUGAUGCCCACAUCUCCUCCGUGAUCAAAUCUUCCUUCUACCAUCUGUGAAAUAUCUCCAAAGUCCGUCCCUACCUUUCCCUCCCGGAUGCGGAGAUACUUUGUCAUGCAUUUGUCUCCUCUCUACUCUCUAUAUGGUGGUCUGCCAGCACGCACCAUAAACCGACUGUAGCAAAUUCAGAAUGUCGCUGCCAGGAUUAUUACCAGAUGUAAAAAACGUGAUCACAUAACCCCCCCCCCCCCCCUACAAUGCCCUUCAUCACACAGGCCCCGAGUACCUCCUCAACCUGCUGACCCGCUAUGUCCCUGCCCGCAAGCUGAGGUCCUCCAACUCUGGCCUGCUUGUUAUCCCCAAGCAAAAGUACACCACACUUGGAGAACAGUCGUUUAGCUUUAUGGCUCUGACUCUUUGGAACUCUCUCCCAGCUUUGGUACGUGAUGCUCCCACCAUUGCUCGCUUUAAAUCAACUCUCAAGCCCCACCUGUUCUCUCUUGCUUUCCAUGAUCUUUAAGCCUGAUAUCUGCUAUUAGCUGCUGUAUUUCAUGUAUUAUGAUCUUUCCACUGUAUUUAAUGUACUAUUUCAUGUAUUAUGCUACUAUCAUGUAUAAUUCUCUCCACUGUAUUUAAUUUGCUAUUUGUGGUUAUGUUGAAUUCUAAUGUUUGUAUAUAAUAUGAUUCUCUUCAUAAUACCAAAUUUAUAUAGUCAGGAAAUAUACAGUAUAUUAUGUUUAUAUGCCAAAAUUAAAUGUGUUUAUACUACAUCUAUAAAUGCAGAAAAAUCUUUAAAAACAAUUGAUAAAGGCAUGCAAAUCCAACAGUCGGUGUUGUUAUUAAUGACAGUAUUUAUGUCUG